AUGCCCACCGAAGCCCAUGAGCCCUCCAGCGGCAAGCGCUCCAACUCGCGUACGCGUCCCACCACGCCUUUGCGACCGUCGUCCCGCUCUUCGUUCCGCGACUCUGCCCGCAGUGCCGGCGGGCCAGAUGCGCCCUUUCCGCUCAACACCUUUGAGCCGGCCUUUGCUGAGCUCUCCGACGCCAUGGCGGACCUGGAAGCCAACAUGAUGCACUUUCAGCUCAUGCACGAAAGCCUGGCUAGGUUCAGCGAGUCCUUUGCUAGCUUCCUCUACGGACUCAACAUGAAUGCCUUUUGUGUUGAUUUCCCCGAGGGUCCCAUUCCCGAGUCUUUUCGCAGAGCCCGGCACCAGCACGAAGCUCCGGGCGGCGGCACUGCACGACCGGACAAUGACGCAGAGACGACUUUCAUGACCACCGAUACGUCCUUCGUUGAGAACCCGGCCCCGUCGGCCAAAUCAAACUCUAGGAUUGCGACUCCCGAGACCCGUCAAUCGCGUCUACCUUACGCGCGAGGCUCAUCAUCAAGAGGCAGACAAACCACCCAUGGCCGAAACCGGCCCAGUGGGAUGACGAGAGCUCGCGGCCGUGGCAUAAGGUGA